AUGACGCUACCUCACAGGCUAUGGAAUUUCGACAUAGAUCGGUUCCUGAACCCGUUCGUGCCAUCGCCACCAUGGCGGUUCCUGCCCUACCCCGUUGCGAGGUGGUUCGGAUAUCGCAAGACCAAGCCGAAGGACACUGGCAACCUGAUGCCCGUUUUCUGGGCAUUUAUUGGUGUCUUUGCUGCCAUUCUCAUGAUACAAGGGGUGUCGAAACACGUGCCAUCGUUUGAGUCGCGUGGUGCUCCCAUGAUUGUGGGCAGUUUUGGCGCGGCCGCAGUCUUAGAGUUCUACGCCAUCGAAUCACCCCUUGCUCAACCGCGAAAUGCCAUCAUGGGCCAAUUCAUAUCCGCAUUUGUCGGUGUUGCCAUCGGCAAGCUCUUCCAACUGAGCGAUCGAUUCGAGGAUAUCCAAUGGGUCGGAGGAGCCCUUGCCUGCGCUUGUGCGACCGCCAUGAUGGCCUUGACCAAGACUGUGCACCCUCCUGCCGGAGCCACGGCGUUGCUCGCUGUCAUUGACAAUACCCUGAUUCAUAUUGGAUGGUUCAUGCUUCCGGUUAUGCUGCUGGGAUGUGCGCUCAUGUUGGGAGUCGCACUCGUGGUAAACAACAUAGAAAGACGCUUCCCGAUAUACUGGUGGACACCCGAAGACGUUAGUAAAGGACGAUCUAUAUUACGUAGACGGCAUUCCGCAGAAUUAAAGAAGGCAACUGUAGACGAAGAAAAGGCAGUCGACGUCCCUCCUGCGGUGGCGCCGGCGGCGAGUGGUAGCGAUUCGACGGCCAGAGAUGCCGAGGAUGAUACAGCGACCAACGACGAGGAUCAAACGGAGUGCAGUGGUGUGAAGUUUAAGAGUGCGCAUCAGCAUGCUGGAGAGGUUGUUAUUAGACGUGGGGAGGUGGUUGUCCCUGAGCAUAUGUUUCUUACACAAGAGGAACAACAGCUUCUGGAGACGUUGACAUACCGACUGUAG